AUCACCAAGAUGACAUAUUUCGGUGACAUCCGUGUAGCUUUGCUGAGCUUAGCGGAUCAAAUAGAAACAGGCAAUCUGUCAGCACACACUAUUUUGAGACGUUUGCAUGACAUUUUUGAAAUGAUCGGUUUGGUAUACGCGGCAGAAGAGCACGCUAACAUCCACGACUCUGAUUUUGCUCAUUUAAGAGCAAUUGAGCACCAAGUUCGAUUGGACUACACCACAGAGGAACUGUCUAAACACGCCGGUCGUCCAUGUCUUGAAGUUCCACUUGAAGCUCUCCGGACUCUCGUCCUCUGUGGUAUGACCACCAAGGCUAUUGCUAACAUGUUAGCCGUGUCUGAAAGCACUGUUCGAAGGAGAAUGCUGGAAGAAGGAUUGAACGCCUUUGGAGGGAUGUGUAUGAAAAUGUCCUCGAUCUUUUCUACACCAUCUUUACUCAGCUGGAGAUUCAGGGACUGCUCAAUCCUGGUGACGAAAUUGACAUCUAUGCACUGCACAGAUGCUUUCUUCAUCACAUUCAGCAGCAUCUUCACACUUUCAAAGAAGCCUGGAACCAUCAUGGACUGAGGACAACAAACAACCGUUCACCCCUGCAGCUCUGGUUGCAGCACAGACGAGAGGGCCAAGACAUUUCAGAGGUGAAUGAGGACAAAGGCGUGGACUGGACAGGACCACAUAAUCACCCUCCAUUAACUGAAGUCAUCGUUCCUGAGAUCCAGCUACCACGUACAUUGAAUGAACGAGAACUUUCAGCAUUGCCAAAUACCAAUGUUCCUCUGGGCCAGUCUUACUUUGAAACUAUUCAUGCACUCAGAAUGAUGUUUUAAAAAUGCUUCAUUUAUAGAAGA